AUGAGCACCAAGCCCUAUCACUGCCAGCGAUGCCCCCGGGCUUUUGCCCGUCUCGAGCACCUGCAGCGCCAUGACCGGUCGCAUACUAAGGAGAAGCCCUAUGUCUGUGUCCAAUGCCCCAAGGCAUUCACUCGCAAAGAUCUUUUGGCCCGCCAUGAACGGCUCGCUCAUCAGCCUGGGGAUAGUCCCGCUAGUAAUCAGACACAGACACCUUCCCCCGCUCAUACAGCUAUGGAUGGGCUAGAUACCCUGGCAUCUGUCGUCGCUGAUCAUGUACAAACCGAUCGCCGUACUCUGUCGGCCAGUAAUCAGCACUUCACAGAGGGUUUGUCAGUGCAUCGAACGCCAAUGAUGGGCGCGCGACUGGCAAACCCCGAAACCCCAUCAGCAGCGCCCCCAACACCUCUUCCGGGUCCGGAGUUUGGGUACUCCCUAGGUGGCUUUCCAGGAUCCUAUGAGGGAAAUGACUUCACAUCGUUUCUGGAUAGCGUGCCUCUACCGAGCCACCCAUUUUCACCGGCAUUCCAGCCCCUGCCUCUGUUCCCGCCCUUGACAUAUUCCCCUGUCACAGACUAUGACCAGUCUUCGGAGAGAGGCCAACCCUCCGAGACUACGUCGACGCCAUCAAGCUCAGUACUGCCACGCCAUGGGGCACAGUUGCCAUCUCUUCAGCCAGAGGGCUUUCAAACAACCCCCAAGGCGCGACAGCCGACAGGAUUCGUUCCGGUCACGGCUCAAUGCCGUGACAAGGCCCUUGAAUCCCUGGCGGACUAUGCCAGUGUCGUAUCAGACCCGUCACUGCCAUCCCGGCAUGCCUUGUCUCGUUGCUUGACAGGGUAUCUGAUGGGAUUCCAUGAUCACUACCCAAUCGUGCAUAAGCCGACACUAGAUGUUGAUUCAAUGUCAUUACCACUGUUCCUAUCAAUGGCCGCACUGGGUGCAAGGUAUUCUCGCGAACCGGACACGAGCAUGCGUCUAUAUCAGAUUGCCAAACCAGUCACACUUGAAAGAUUUCGGCGCGUGUUUCUAUCCGGUUCAAUGCCUUCUGUCAACGUUGCAAAUGAUCAAGACACAUUAGAACUACUACAAGCCCUGUUGAUGCUGAUAUCAGUUUCUUCUUGGUUCAUCAAUAACCCACCCUACCAUGAGUCAUUGUCGAUCAGAAGUCCAAUGGCUACACUUCUUCGCAAAGACGGGAUCAACCGUCUCCCCGAGUAUGACGGGACGUGGACGAGCUGGAUUCGUCGCGAGUGCGUUAAGCGCACAAAGCUAAUUGUCUGUUGUUUCUUUAACAUUCACACUAUUGUAUUCGAUAUCCCUCCCAUCAUCCUCACCGAAGAACUUUCCCUGGAUCUACCUUGCACGGAGAAAGAGUGGCAAGCUCCCAGGGCCGAUAUCUGGCAAGCCGCACGUACCCAGAGCCCCGGUGAACCGAAUCUUCAAGAGGCUCUUACUGCACUAUUCACCCCCAGUAGCGGCAUGGAGCGUUUCUCAUCGCUUGGGGGUUAUGUGCUAAUUCACGCGUUACUGCAAGACAUUUGGGUCAUGACUAAAGCAGGUCGCCUUGCCCUCUCUCGAGGUAUUCGCCUCGGCUCAUCCAUUGCAUCGACACCGGAGCUCAUCUCAAUGGAACAAGCUUUGGAACGAUGGUGCCAAUGUUGGGAACGAAACCAAGAGUCAUCGAUCGACCCACUAAGCCCACACGGCCCGGUUUCCUUUACAUCGGCCGCUCUCGUCCGGCUAGCAUACAUCCGACUCAACGCAGACUGUGGGUCAGCUAGGCAACUACAAACCUGGGACCCUGUCCAGAUCGCUACAAGCCUUAAAGACAAUCUCCGCGUUGAACGCGGAGAUCGGCUAACCCGUGCAGCCCUCCACUGCGCCCACGCCCUUUCCACCCCCGUCAAACUGGGCAUUGGAUUCGUCGCCCACUCGCAAGUGGCGCUGUGGUCGAACCAACACGCGCUAUGCUCGCUAGAAUGUGCCGUAUUACUGGCUAAAUGGCUUGAGGCGGUGACGGUCCCAGAUCCAAACCCCGGGCUGACGGAGCAGGAGACCCGCUUGCGGGACUUUGUGCUAGAGAUGGUGAUGGAGGUGCAGCACGGUGUCUCGCGCGACUGGCUGCUGGCAACCAACACUAGACUUAGUGCGGCGGUGACCCGCCUCUGGGCGCGCCUUUUCACUGCAGACUAUAUUUGGGAGAUGGUCAGUCUGAUUGGGCGGAGUUUGAAUAGUUAUGCCGAUUUGCUGGAGGAGCAGGCGUAA